UGCUAGAAAGUUGGACUUCGUGGGCUGAUUUUUUGGGAUAAAUGACCCAAAAGAGAGAGAGGUUAGUAGGGGGUUCCAGCCCACUCAGGAUCUGAUAUGUCCUUAAGAAGUGGAUCUAAAAGCGCGUGUCCCAUCCAUAGAACAGACUUUUACGCAUAUUUCUUGUCAUAACACUCAGAUUGCAAGAAAAGUUCGCCUUAUUAAAUCGUCAUGGCGAAGAUAUCGCUUUUAUUUUUGCAUCUUUUCAACGGACUGGUGCUGCCCCUUAUCAGCGGCCAGCAGCCACCGCGCACCGGGCCUUGGCGGCACCGCAUCCAGUGGGAGAACAACGGCCAGAUCCACAGCCUCAUGAGCACCGGCUCUGAGUUCGAGGCUCCGGCGAGGUCGAGGAGCCAGUCGACAGUUUACGUCAGCAGCCGGGACCGCACAACGGGCUCCGGGAGGUUCAGCACCGAGUCUGGGUCCCCCGAAGCUCACAAUGGGCCUGUCCGAGCGCGCACCAGCGGUUCACCUGGACCACGACGUACUCUAAGUCAAGCCCACGCCGGCACUAUCAGCAUAUGGACUGAUGGUCUCACCGUAGAUGGUUCCGUGCUGCACACCAGCCGAGAGGAAGAACCGAGUCUGGCUGCGCCAUUCCAGCCUUUACGCAUGGUCCCAGGCUCCAGGCAUUACGCACCCAGGACGCAGAGCUCCAUCCUGGGUCAUCCGGAAAGAGACCCUGGUCCCCCUGCACCGUUCCAUCCACUUGGGGAGGACGUGUCUUCUCGGGAGGCGACGAAUAACAACGUGGAGAGCAUGUUUAACGACGAUUCCAGAAACCAGAACUUCCCCGGUAAUUCCGUUUUUUACAACAUGUAUCCACCCAGCAGGGGAAGACCAGGAGCACAAACACGUGCACCCCCUGACGCAGGACACGGGACAAGAUUCUUCCAGAAUGGGCUGCCUGACCUGGUGCCAGAUCCAUAUGCCAUCCAAGCAGGGGCUUACGUGCAGCGCAUGCAGAUGUUUGCGUUACGUUGUGCGGCUGAGGAGAACUGUCUGGCCAGGUCGGCCUAUGCACCUUCAAUGCGAGACAUCGACUUCAGGGUCCUCCUACGCUUCCCACAGAAAGUGAAGAACCAAGGCACUGCCGACUUCCUUCCAGUCAAGCCGAGGCACCAGUGGGACUGGCACAGCUGUCACCAGCACUACCACAGCAUGGAGGCCUUUAGCAACUAUGACCUACUGGACGCCGCCACGGGACGUAAAGUCGCCGAGGGACACAAGGCCAGUUUUUGUCUAGAGGACACAGGCUGCGACCCCGGGAUCAGGCGGCGAUACGCCUGCACGGCUCACACACAGGGACUGAGCCCGGGGUGUCACGACCUUUACGCCGCCAACAUUGACUGUCAGUGGAUCGACAUUACAGACGUAGCGCCAGGAAACUACAUCAUGAAGAUCACUGUCAACCCCAACUUUCACGUGCUGGAGUCAGACUUCACCAACAACAUAGUGAGAUGCGAGAUUAUGUACACGGGAAUCUACGUUCAGACGCGCAACUGUCGAGUAACAAGGGGGUGAAGCAAAAGCAAUUUCCUGGAAUUUUCCCGUUUUCUACUUUUUCUUAUAUGGAGUUUUUGUGGGUCGAUUUGAGCUUGAAGAGGUUGCAUUCAUACUUUAUGCAUAAGUAACAUAAACUUUGUAUUUAAUGUUCCAGAAUAUAGUUUGUUUCUAUUGUGGUGCUAUGUUUAGUUCAUAAUAUAUUUUAUUUUUGAAGCAGCUGUACGUUUACUCGAGGGACUACUUUCCGCGGCAAAAUCCAUGUAGAUUGUUGGUUUUAGACUUUUUUAAUAUAAUUAGCUGUCAAUAAAAGGAGCCAAGAAUGUGCGGAAAAUGAGGAUGUGCAAUAUCAAUGAAUAAUUUGCCCUGACAUGUAAAAAAAACUGUUAAAAAUGCUUGAACACUAUUGUUGAAAAUGUUACUGUAUGUCAGAUUUUAUGCAAUAAAU